AUGGAUUCAGAACUAGAAUCGCUUUAUCCUACAGACCACCCUCUACUCGAGCACAUCACCGGCACGUAUUCCCCACACAGUUUCAACAUGACCUCCUGUCUACACUAUCUGUCCCAAAACUACAACCACACAGCCUCCAACAGCUUUCAGGACAUACUCUCACAAAUCCCGUCGUAUUGCCAGCAACUUCUUCUCGAGGCCGCUGCUAUGGAUACCCACGCUAUUCACCCCGACUUGGAGGCCGCUAAAGCUUCCACCGUCAUCCGAACUGUCCUCGGCAUAGUGUACUCCCUAGUAAUGGCGGUGUGCGGGUUUGGCAACUUGCUCCUCUUGCUCGUCAUCUUCUGCUACAAGAAGAGCCGCAGCGCCACCAACAUGUUGAUCAGCAAUCUCUGCUUCGCUGACUUCUGUGUGGCGGUGUUCUGUAUCCCGCUACAGUUGGACUACUACGUGAUCCGGAACCAGGACUGGAUGUGGGGAGGCUCCAUGUGUAAAGUGGUCUCCUUCAUCCGGAUGUUGAGCCUGUACGUCUCGACAAACACUCUUCUGGUCAUCUCCAUCGACAGAUGCCUGGUAGUGAGAAGACAGUUUAACGGUAAGAAGACGAGACGGAGCGUGGCUGUGGUGUUGGCCGUGGUUUGGACCGUCUCAGCCCUGGUAGCUCUCCCUUCGGCCCUCUACGCCAAGACCCACCCUCAACGGAACAGUAACCACACGUCCUGUGUCCAGGCGUGGCCAGUGAGCCAGAUAUUUGCCUACAAGGCGUACUUCAUGUUCCUGAUGGUGGCUGAGUACGUGGUGCCGUCACUCUGCAUGGCCCUGUGUCUGCUCUUCGUCUGGUGCAAGGUCUGGGGCCGCCGUUUCCCCGGCACUGAGAACGCGUCCAUCCGCCGAGCGAGAGAGAAGUCCCGCAAGAAGACCAUCCACCUGCUGAUCCUGGUCAUCAUGUUCGUGGUGUGCUGGACGCCCUACUACACCUACAGCCUAGUCCGGGACUUCUUCGACGUUCUCCAGACCUACCACCUCAAGACAGACCUCUUCUACAUCGCCGAGGUUUUUGCUAAGAGCAAUAGCAUGAUCAACACCGUGGCUUACAUAGUCUUCAACGAGAAUAUCAUGAUGUACGUGCGGAGCUUGGCCGGGUUCUUGCGGGCACACCUGGGGAGAAGGCGGAGGAUCAGCCGGUACGGGUCCCAGCCCACUGUGAAGUCAAGCCUGCGGAGACGGCCGAUGAUGGUGGAGGUGGAGAUGGCGGUGUUGCCGCCUGAGAACGGCAGCAGCCCGCGGGGGAAGGUGUACCUGUCCCCGGUCCGCACCACCGCGUGUAGCGUCUACUCUACCCCGGUACACCGAAGAAACGUACCGGCAGUGGCCUCUGAUACUCGCCUCUGA